AUGUUGUUUCCCGCGGCGGUGGUUGCCUCGGUGGUGAUACUGAUGUUAGCGGUGGAGGACGGCGGAGGAGGAGUGGAGGCGGCGAUCGGGCUGCAGCAGCCGCUGAAGCUCAAGUACCAGUACUACAGGCGGCACACGACUUGCAAGUACGCGGAGGCGUUUAUUAGGCACCAGGUGACUCUGUACUGGAACAGAGACAAGACCAUCACCGCCAAGCUCCUCCGCCUGCUCUACUCCGACUGCUUCGUCACCGGGUGCGACGCGUCGAUACUGCUGGACGGGCCGGAGUCGGAGAAGACGGCGCCACAGAACGCGAGGCUGGGCGGGUUCGACCUCAUCGACAGGAUCAAGAAGGUUAUGGAGAUUCGAUGCCCGGGGGUCGUCUCCUGCGCCGAUAUCCUUAACCUCGCCACCAGAGAUGCUGUUCACUUGGCAGGGGGGCCGUCAUAUCCGCUGUUCACGGGGAGAAGGGAUGGAAUGACGUCGAAGGCAUCGACGGUGGAUCUCCCGUCGGCUUCCAUCUCGAGCAAAGCUGCGUUGGCUUACUUCGAAUCCAAGACCUUGGAUGUUCUCGACAUGACCACCCUAUUAGGUGCACACGCGAUCGGAACGACAGACUGCAGCAACGUGGUCGACCGACUCUACAACUUCAACAACACGGGAAAGCCGGACCCAACCAUGAGCCAACAUUUCGCCGACCAACUGAGGAAGACCUGCCCACGUCCAGCCAACAUGAGUGGAACACAAGCUAAGAAUCCUUGGGUCUAUCUGAACCCGGAUUCAGGGCCUAGCUACCAGCUAGGGAACUCAUACUACAAGAGGGCACUGGCUCACCAGUCUGUCCUUGGAGUCGACCAGCAGCUCCUCUACAAUAACGAUACCCGAGAGCUCACCGGCGAGUACGCUGAUGAGUACCCGUGGAAGAAUGGCUUUGAAGGCUGGCGGAGGUCCCUUGCCCUCUCGAUGAACAGGAUGGGGAACAUUGACGUGUUGACCGACAAUUCGACAGGGGAGAUACGAAGGAACUGUCGGUACACGAACUGAAGAGGCUAAAAAUUUCAUAAUGAUGGAUGGAUAAACAUUGUAGUAUUGCUAUGUAUAUGUGUGUGUUUCGAAUUCUUCUAUCAACUGCUCGGGAAUGUAGGCGGAAUGAUAUCACAGUUUAUAAAUAAG